AUGGGCAUCGAGAAAUUAAUGACGAAUGAUAAAUUUAAAGACACAGUAGAACAAGUCUUGCGACAAUUGAGUCAAUGCAUGGAUGAUUAUUAUGAUGACAACAUAAUUCGACAAGAUUCGUUAUUAUUAACAUAUUUUCAUCAAUUGGCUAAUUUCAGUGUGAUUCCUUCGGUCGAUAACACGAAGAAGAUUUCAAGAGAACCUUCAUUGGAACCAUCCACAGCAUCUCUUACAGCAAGUUUAGAUCCGACUGAUUGGAAAUCAGCACGUGCUGAAGCUCAUAAGAUGCUUGAUAUUUCGUUGGAUUUCAUCGAAAAGGCUCGUGAUCGACCCGCUUGGAUACCCUUGCCAAAUGAAGCGCGACAUCGAAUUAUGUCCGAAGUUCUGCCUGAACAUGGAAAACCAAUGACUGAUGUUUGUCAAGAUAUAAUUGAUGAUGUUUUACCUUAUUCUGGUGGUAAUGCGCAUCCUCGAUUCUGGGGAUGGGUUCAUGGAUCUGGUACAGUAGGAGGUGUUAUUGCUGAAAUGAUGACAGCAGCAAUGAAUUCAAAUGUAGGUCUUUGUAGUCAUAGUGGAGUACUUAUUGAACGACAAGUGAUUGAUUGGAUGAAACAAUUAUUUCAAUUUCCAGAAACAACGGCUGGCGGUGUCAUCGUUAGUGGAACAUCAAUGGCAGCCGUUGUUUGUUUAUCUGUAGCACGUUAUCAUGCUCUAAACAAAGUACGACAAGAUGGUUUAGUUACAUUAGGUGUUCGAUUAGUCGCUUAUGCUUCAACACAAACACAUGUAUGUGUAGCCAAAGCUCUUGAAUUAUUAGGAUUGGGUGUUCAAGCACUCAGAUUAAUACCUACUGACGAAGAAUAUCGUAUAAAUAUUGAAGAACUCAAAAUAAUGAUUGAAGAGGAUCGUCAACAAGGGUUCGUACCAUUUUGUAUCAUCGGAAAUGCAGGCACUGUGAGUACCGGUGCUUUCGACGAUUUAUCUGCUUUGUCGGUUGUAGCUCGAGAGAACAACAUUUGGUUUCACGUUGAUGGAGCAUUCGGAAGUUUUGUGGUUCUCGAUCCAAGUCGACGACAUUUGAUUGAUGGACUAUCGAAAGCUGAUUCGUUGGCAUUCGAUUUUCAUAAAUGGUUACACGCACCUUAUGCAGCUGGAUGCGUUCUCUUACGUACCAAACGAGGUUUUGCUGGUGAUACUCCUUGGUUUUGUGACAUGGGUAUUGAACUUUCACGACCAUGUAGAGCUCUCAAAGUUUGGUUUACUAUUAAGGAACAUGGAAUAAUAAGACUGGGUCAGUCAAUUGCAGCCAAUUGUGAUCAAGCUCAAUAUUUAGCCAACUUAUUGUCUAAGUAUGAUUUUAUCCAAGUAUUUACUCCUGUCUCACUUAACAUUGUCAAUUUUCGAGUGAAACCUGAUGAAUUGAAGAACAGUGAUCCAGAAGCUGUCGAUAUAUUGAAUGAUGAACUCGUCAAUGAUUUACAAGAAAAAGGUAUUGCUGUUCCAUCAACAACACGACUCAAAGAUCGUCUUCAUAUUCGAGUCUGUAUUACCAAUCAUCGUAGUACCUUAACGGAUUUUGACUUUUUUGUAAAUGCUCUCAUUGAUUUAUGCCGAUCUAGAAUUGCUUUGAUGAAUAAAUAA